AUGGCUAAACCAGUGAAGCGCCAGACUCACUGCUUCGCGCCCGGAUGCUCUACCGGGUACGUUUCAGCCCGAAAGGCAGGUGUAAAAAGGUCUGUUUUUACCGUACCGAACGAUGAGGACCGGUUGAAAGCAUGGCAGCGGUACGUUCCACGUGGUGACAAACUGCUAGACCGAACUGCAGUCCUGUGCCAGUUACACUUCGAGCAACGGUUUAUUGUGAGAGAUUACACCCACAUCGUGAAUGGUGAAGUUGUGAAGAUUCCUCGCGGCCGCCCAUGCCUUACCGACGAUGCAAUACCGUCGAUCUUCCCAAACACGCCGAGUUAUCUCUCUAAAAAGCUUCCUCAGAAGCGCAGCUCCCGGACAUCGAGAGGAGAAGUGCUCGGCAAAAAAAAAAAAAAAGAGGUGACAACGAACGGUGAACGUGUUCCCGACGCGUCGUGUACAGUGGAAAAACUGGAGCAUAUGAAAGGUGAGAAGCUCCCAAGCAAAUACUGGUCGAUGUGCCUACUUGCGGAUGCCCCGAACGCUGUUGCGUUUACUGUUUGUGCUCAAGAUGGUGAUAGUGUGUGCUUCAAGAAACUGGUGUUGUGCUCUGCCGAGGAUACUUGCUAUCAUUGUGUAGUGUUUGUGCAAGGGAAAGUUGUAAAAAAAGUGGACGUGUUUGAUGUGAAUGCUGUGGAAAGCCUCCUCCACUCCAUCAACGAGAUGGUUGUGUGCUCCGGUUUUGAGCAAGGGGCUAUUCCACUGAAGCGGCUUAACAGUUCCAAUCAAUCAAAAUACAGAACGCAUGGAAACAAGUUGUACAGCAAAAGUUGCUCAGGGCACAAAAUUAUGGCCUUCAAGAUUAACUUCGAGCGCUCAGACGUAGCAAGCGCCGUCAUGCGGGUGGUUCGGCGUUGGCGGCUCGAUGGCUUGAUCACGCGCGCGCAAGCAUACGGUGGCCGCGGUGGGUUUGUGCGACCAUUGCCUUCUAGAUUUCCCUUGCCUGCCGAAUGA